AUGAACGAACUAAGUGCAGUGCGGAUAUGUGUGUCCAAACUCAGCCAGGACGACAUCGCAAAGACGAAGAUGUUCUUCGAGCACUAUAACAAAGGGGGUCAGAUGGUGUCUCUUGGACGUGACGGGACACAGAAAACCGCACAGGAAUUAAUAUCGCUGGGGAAGGAGGUCAAACCGAGUUUUGUGGCGAAGGAUAAACUUCCUCCUGGCACAUUCGAUCACCUCGACAUAACCAGCCUAUUAAAGGAAAUCGUCUGCUUAAAAAAGAGUUUGGUCGAUGUGACGUUACGUCUCAACGCGUCCGAGGAAAUUAUUCGUAAGUUGCGCAAGGAGGUGGACAGUUUGCGCGAUUCACGGAACGUUUCUAGUUCACCCAAUGACGCUACAAACAUCAACACGCGCCGUGGAGCACGCCUAGAUGAGUCAGCGUUUUUGCCGCCAACACUGACGUCAUCCGCUGUCGUGUUACCACAAGUCACUUCUCGCCCCGCGCCCCCCGUCCUAUCGUCGCGAGCGCCAACGUCGCUGCCCGUGAAAGUAAUGCCAACAAAAUCAUCGUUGCAACCACAGCGUCGAGAUUUUGCCUCCGUCGUCACUAGCAAACCUACUGCUUCAGAACAGCGGGGUGUGCCAAAACCGGCACUGAACAUUAACCCCAAGUGUGCUGCCACUGGUAACCGCGACGAUGAUGGUUUCGUCGUGGUACAAAAGAAGAAGAACACAAAGAGAGUCAAUGGAAACCAUUGUGGCACUGGGCCCAAUAUCCUGCUGCGUGCUGGUACACCGACCACGGCAAUACUCCUGCCCUGUUUACAUUACAGCACUAAGGAAAAGGACAUUGUCAAUUAUAUAAAAUUUAAGAGUAACCUGACAGUGAGGGUGAAGCCGCAGCUGAAGAAGAGCUACAACGAUACUUCCAAGGCGUUUGUGGUCCUGGUGCCCAAGAACAUGCUGCCCACCUUUAUAAAGGAAGACUACUGGCCGAGGGGAGUGGAGUAUCGGCGCUACCGUGGCAGAUUGCCGUGA